AUGGCAAUACAAUAUUCACGACCGUCGAUUUCUACCGCAGUUGUUCUCAUUCUUGUGUCCACAUCACCAACAUUGUUAUCCGUAAAUUCCCAAGUCUUAGGAUGUUCCCUUAUGGGCAUCGACCAUCAAAAUUGCUUGGUCCCGAGUACUCAAAGAACUCCAUUUUCAAUCGGCUCUUGCUGCACGACUCUUAACCAAGUGCUCGAGGCAGGGUAUUAUUGUCUUUGCACAUUACUUGGCCCUUCAUCGAGCUAUCCCGUGUUUAGCGCUGAGCUUCAAAUAUCCUUCUCUAAUUGCUACAUUGCAGUGCCACCUUUGACUCAUUGCCAUGAUCCAAAACGGGCGGCAAUGGCACUGCCGCCAGCCAGUCCGGUUUUUCCGGCGCUCAAGCCGCCGGAAUCAGCAAUUGACGAUCAGGAGUUUGUGCCUUUGCCGCCGGAAGUUAGUGAGAAUUUGAAUUCCGGCGUUGUUGACGGUGGUUCGGUUCUCAAUAGCAGCCAAUUGCCAAUGAUCGGAAUCCCUAAAUGUUGGAACCACAUAAAAUCGGACGCGAAAAAUUGGACAAAUUCGAAAAACAUGAUUGUAUUAGUAAUUAGUUUGUGGUUGUUCAUUAGACGAGGAAUUUGA